GCAGUUUCGAUUUUGCCAUAGAGUCUUGCUCUAGAAAAUUAAUUUUCUUCAAAGUGCAAUCGCUGUUGAGUCAGUCGGCUUUGUGAUGCGAAUCAGUGAGAUAAAUUCAUCAAUGAUUUUGAUGUUCUUGAUGAGCACGUCACUAGCACUGCCAACAGACAAUACGCAGCAAAAGUUAAAUCGCGUUAAGCGCAGCUUUCUAUCAUCUUACUUCUGGAAAUCAACCGAACCUUCUGUGCCAGCAGUUGAGAACAUUCAAUCAAUUGAGAAUUCUCAAACAAUAUUCGCUGUACCGCGAUCUGUCAAUUCGAAUGUGCCACCCUCUUUUGUACCAGUAAUUCCUUUGCAACACUUUGUAUCAGCUGCUGGUCAACAUUUCAUUGCAGUGAAGCCGGUUAACGUUGCCGGACCAAACUGGAUACUUGACAAUCUAGUAGAGCAACCGAAGCCUCAUAAUCCGCUCAAGAAACCGUCAAAGACGCCGUUGGAUCUCACACCUUCUGAAGUAACGGAACUAAACCAACUAGCUAGGGUAAUUGGUGUAAGGGACCUCAACGAUCUUCCUCCAUUAGAGGAAGUCAUGACACUCCUUGGUACGACUUCCAAAAGUGAAACUAUAAAAGCCAUUCGUGACUAUGCUUCCACUCCUGGAGGGCUUGAGCUCAUCAAGGAAUACGUCGAUAGCUAUCAGCCAGUAAAGCGGAUGGACCUAUUAGAGAAAGAAAUAUCGAAUAAUCUCGUUUCGAAUCCACGGGUAGGUGAGCCAUCCCAAGGAAAAGCAUUCAACUCGAAUCCACCAAUUGCUUUCGUGUCUAAUAAUCCAGCAGAAUCACAAGACCAGUUAAAUGCUACAACUCCUGCCCAAAAUACGGGGUUUUUCGCAGGGCUCCGAUCAUUCUUCUCAUUAGGAUCAUCCACUGAACCCCCCAAGAAAACGGAAGAAUCUGUCAAUCGACUGGACGUCGCUACAGAAAACCCUAUACCAGUAAUUGGAGCCAAUUAUGUUCCACAUUUCAUUAUUCCAAUGCAACCGUUGCUAGGAAAUGAACAUUAUUAUAAUUUAAUGGGUCAUCCGGUGAAGCCGGCCAUUCAGGAUAUGAACCCAUUCGUGCUAAAACCGCAUUUGCCGCAAUAUGUGAGCACCACUAAUCCACCAAGCACUCUAACUGGUUCUCAGAAACAUGUAGCGCAAGUAUAUCAUGAAGGUAUACCAAAGAUACAAAAAGAAGCUUUAUCAGUUGUACAAAACCCUGCCGGAGUUUCACUAGCUGCGGAAUCAAAGAAACAAUUAAAUGUAAACAGUUUGGAAAUUGUUCUUGCAUCAUCGGUUGAUGGUCCAGUAUUUCAACCUAAAUCUGAUACAGCAGUUAGUACAGAGACUAGUAGCACCUUAGAAAAUACAACAGUUACUACGACGAGGGAAAUCACUACGCCAAUUAAUGAAUAAUUGAUGAUAUAAUUAUUAAUUGGUUGUUAGAGUCGAGUUGAUUGGAAAUACUUUAACUUAUAACUUAAUAG